AUGUCUAAACAGCGUGUAAUAGGGCUGGAUCUGAUAUUCGCCCCAGUCCAAAUUGGGUUCAGUGAGAAGGCCGUUGAUCACUUCGACGCCGUCAAGAUUGAUGUGGUGAACCGAGACAUUUCCAGAAAAUGGACCGAUAGUCACAUCGCCAGUGAUGUGUCGGCAGUUUUGACGAACUUCGUCAGCAUCAGCCACGGAAUUGAUCUGAACCGAGCUGCAAUUGACAGCGAGGACAUCUGGUGA